AUGUGCCAAGGGAAAGAGAUAAAGCAGAUAGUGGCUGGGAGUUAUGCAAGGCCAACACAGCUGAUAGACGUGGCCCAUCCUGAAGCUUUGUUCCCAGGUGCAGUUCAGGAACACCAGACUUCAACUGAGUAUCUUCUAAACCGCAGUCGUCCCCAUUUAAAACCCCUGUCCACCCUGAACCUGCAACGUAGGGCAUAUCAGCGCCCAUUCAGGAGUUUCCUACUCUGGGGAGGCUUUGUGUCCACAUCCCCCGUGGGACUGGUGGCCGCAGUCGGUGCUACUGGGCUGCUGGCAGGGCCGCAGGCAGCGCUGGCCUCUCUGCUCUCGCCUGGGAAGCGCAGCAGCAGAAGGCAGCGAAGUUUCUCUCGCGGUCCCAGAAGCCUGGGGACAGGCAGGGGGCAACUCCGGACCUGGCAGGUGCCUGCCUGGCAGGAGCGCUCCCGGGGGCAGCGAGCGGAGCCGGCGACAAAAGGAGGACGGUUUGCGCAAAACCUCAGGGGCCGGCUUUGGAGACGGAGGGAAAAAAAAGAAAUAAAAAUAAUAAUAAUAAAAAAGAAAAAAUCCCGGAGCGCGGCGACGAGCCCCUGGCAGCGGUCCCCGGAGCGCCGGGUGGCCGCGGGGGGGUCCGGGGAGCUCCGCAACCGCAGCUCGGGGGGCGCCCGGCCCCGCGCAACCCCCGCGCCCCGCAGCCCCCCCGUUCCCUCCAGCUCCCCCCUCCCCGUCACUCCUCCCGACCCUGCGCUUCGCUCUGCUUUCCCCCGCCGUCGGGGCCGCCGCGAGGAGCGCGGGGAAGAAGUUUGCCAAAGUUUCAGAUAUUUUUUCUUUCCUUUUUUUUUUUUUUCCCUUUUUUUUUUUUUUUUUUCCCCUCCCCGCUCCUUGCGCCUCGCCGCGGGGGCGGCGGGCAGGGGAGCGGGGCGGGCGGCCGGCAGCUCGCCGGCUGCAGGUGUGUGCGAAGGCUCCCGUCGGGAGGCUCCGCAGGCUGCAGCGCCGCACGGAGCCCCCUCCGGCCCGCACCCCCGGACCCCCCCACGCCCCGUCCCCCCGCCCUCUCUGCCGGGUGGGCUCCGCAGAGCACCGCGGCGGUGCCCCCGGCGCGGCCCCGUCCGUCCCCCCCCCCGUGCCCGUGGAGCGCCGCCGAAGGAGCGGGAGCGACUCACUCAUGGGAGCGCGGCGGGCGAGGCCGGCGACACCUCCGGCUUCCGAGGCGCCGGCGAAGUUAAUUGCACUGAAGUUCAAGUUGUCUUUUCACCCAUCAGGAGUGGGCGUUUAAAGGAAGGAGAGCGAGGAGGAGGAGGGGGAGGGGGGAGGGGGGAGAGUCGCUCUCGCUCUCGCUCGCUCUCGCACACACACACGCACACACCCGCACACACACACACACACACGGAGGCACAGCCAGCCAGCCACACGCACAGACACACGGACACACGCACACAGCCACACGCGCGCACCCGCCCGCUCGGCUCCGCUCCCGAGCUGCCUCAGCAAGGAGGAGCCCGGACGGAAACCACCAGGGCAGCAAGAGUCCUGAUUUCAGGGAAGUGAGUGCAGAUCAUUCAAAGAAUCACUCUCCAAUGCCAUCAGCAUUACCUGCCAAAAAUGAAAGUGGCAUAUGAAUCACAAUAAUUCACUCAUGAUUUUGUGGAUAUAGAGCCUGCCAAGGAACAUCAGAAAUCCACAUGUUGUUCCUGAGUUUUAUGGACUUUGAACAGUGGUAAAAGUAAAUUUAUCCAAAGACCAUCUUAUUGAUGACCCAUCCUAUAUGAACCACAAACAUAACAUAUUAAGAGAAAGACAAUAUUAACUGAAAAUAUGAAUGUCCAGGUGUUUAUCUUUCAAGCGAGGUGGUGAAAUUGGUGAACCAGAAGACUGAAACUAUGUCAGAAGCCUUUCCUGAGGUGCCUCUUGUUGAAGUGUUACUGUGCCAUAAUGAUUUGGAAAUAUGCUUUUGUGUGAGAAGAGCUAUCAGAUCCUCUGGGAAAUAUUGCAGAUACUUUCCAGUUCCUUUCAGACAUGCAAAUACAUUAAUGUUUAGACAUGAGUAGAGAGUAGAGGUGGGGAGUAGAGUAGAGCAGGGAGUGGAGUGGUGUGGGGUUAAUGCCUCUGCAUAUAUCACAGAACCAAAUAAAUACAUGCUUUUUUUUUUUUUCUUUUUUUUCUGAAUCUGAUGUUAGUGGAGGCUUGGAAUAAAAUGGUCAUUAUUAAGAAGAAACACUGCAUAAAUGUGUGCAUACUUGAGAGUUAUGUUGACCCAUGGCUGAUAGAGAAGACCAUCUCCUGCCUGUUGUUACAGAUGAUCGUCAGAUCAACAGAACUCUCAGUAAUGCUCAAAUACUUGUGUCAUCCCCAAGUAGCACGCACCUUAUAAAGAAUGGCUUAUUUCCAGCUCAUAGUGUACAGCUACAGUUAUAGCACUGAAAAACACUGCAUGCUACCUAGUACUUAUGAUUCCUUGCUUUCUUCAUGAUUUGCUUUAAAUUGAGCGCAUCAGAAACUUUUUUUUUUUUUCCCUAAGAAGCUACAAGAAUGGUAGCCUACGUAUUGUAAUAUGUUCAUACACUUGUGAAACAGAGCAAAAAGACUGCUCACUAGCAAGGUCUGUCUGUAACUGUCUCAGCAGCUUAAUGAAAUGUUAAGACUUGGUUUGAGCAACUGUUCUCCAACAACCAAUAUUAGCAUUAUCUGUUGUAGAUGAAAAUGUCAGUAAAAAAUACAACCAUUCUGGAGAGGCCUUCCAUGCAUAUUUUAAAUGCAAGUGGCCAUUAUCAGCUUUAUCAGAACCAUAUCUGAUGUCUGAUAUCACUGGUGGCUCAGUGGAAGAGAUCCGGAUGACUUUUUUUUCUGAACAUGGCAGCUACUUCAGAGUAUUUCUGCAGUCUUCUGUUAUCUCACUAUCUGUUGGCUAGAAACCAAUCUCCUGAACUUAGGCCUAUGUCACCUCACUACCUGAAUGCCUCUUCUAAAAAUUUGUUCACUGAAAAGUGCAUCAUGUCAAUAACAAAUUCAUCUGUCCUUCUCCAGACUGGCUUGAGUUUCCUCUAGUCAUUCACUGAAGGUUCUUUUUCCAAGCCCUGAUGCUACACAGUACCUCAAUCCAUUCAGCUUCUCUUCAAGAUGGUAACUACUUUCCGCUCCACUUUCUGCUGCUGCAGAUCUUUUGAUUACCUAAGAAAGUAAAUUGCAUCCUGUAGAUUUCCUCUUAUAACUUCUGCUUUACAGAAGAAAAGAUCAACUUGUGGCAGAUGCGUCAACAACGUCAGACUCGCUUCUCUGUUGUCUGAUUGCCCUCUCCACCUUCUGUUGAUCUGAAACUUUCAUUUUGGAAAGGAUUGAAGGGUUGUAUUAAUAUUUGUGUUAACCACUUUUUCCUGCACAUUGUCUGCUCCUUCCCCUUGGCGUCUGGCUUGUCUUGGCUGCUUUUAAAAACUCUGUUGCCUCUAGUGAGGCACUGCCAGAUUAGACCAGUGAAGAGAAACCAGGUGACUGUCUACUUUUACAAAUAUAGGUUGUGUAUAAUAAAUUCAGGUUUUACAUCUAA